UCCACCACCGAAGAAGAGAAGCGGCAAAGCAUGUCUGUGGGUUUAUUUUGAAGUGCUUCAGGGUUGGGAUUUCGGAUUUUUUCUUUAUUAUUAUCAUUAGUUUUACCGGUUUCAUCUAUUAACCAGUGAACAUGACCCAGGCGGAGAAAGAGCAGGAUAACGGGAAGGAGAAAGAAAAGGAGCGAGACAAGGAGAAAGAGAAGGAGCAGCAGCGCGGCGUGAAAAGACCCAUCGCUCCUCCGGCCAUCCCGGAGCCUCUCCAGGAGCAAAUACAGAGCAACUUCGUAGUCGUCAUCCACCCCGGCUCCAGGACGCUUCGCAUCGGCCGAGCAACGGACACCCUCCCGGUGACGAUCCCGCAUGUAAUAGCCCGGCGGCACAAGCAAAACGGCCAGCCCAGAUACGAGGACGCGUGGCUGCUGAGAGAAGGUCUAAAUAAACCAGAGAGCAAUGAGCAGAGGCAGAAUGGGCUCAAAAUGGUCGACCAAGCCAUCUGGUCCAAGAAGAUGUCCAACGGAGUGCGGAGGACUCCUGUGUCUGCCGAACAGGCCAGAGCGUAUAACUGUCAGAUCCGACCGGCGGUACUAGACUGCAGCUCCAGGGUGAAGUGGACAAACACGGGCCACCAUCCUCCUUACUUGGUGGGAGAGGAGGCUCUUAAUGUGAACCCUUCAGACUGUUACGACAUCCACUGGCCCAUGGUCCGAGGGCAGCUCAACGUGCACGCCGGCCCUGGAGGCUCGCUGACCGCCGUGCUGGCAGACCUCGAGGCGAUCUGGAGUCACGUCAUUCAGAAGCAACUGGAGAUCCCCCUCAAAGAUUUAAAGUAUUACAGAUGCAUCCUGUUGGUCCCUGACAUCUACAACAGACCGCACAUCAAGGAAGUCGUCAACAUGCUGCUGCUUAACAUGGGCUUCUCAGCAAUCAUUGUGCACCAGGAGUCAGUGUGUGCUACGUUAGGCAGCGGCUUGAGCAGCGCUUGUGUCGUGGAUGUAGGCGACCAGAAGACGAGUCUCUGCUGCGUAGAGGACGGGGUGUCCCACCGGAACUCCAGGUUGUGUUUGGCGUACGGUGGCUCGGAUGUGACCCGCACUUUCUUCUGGCUCCUGCAGAGGGCGGGAUUUCCCUAUAGAGACUGUCAGCUGUCCAACAGACUAGACUGUCAGCUGCUGCAGCAUCUGAAGGAGACGUUCUGCCAUUUGAACCAAGACAUAUCAGGACUACAAGAUCAUGAAUUUCAGACACGUUUCCCAGAAGCUCCAGCUCUUCUGUAUCAGGUUCGACUAGGGGAUGAGAAGUUACAGGCACCCAUGGGCCUCUUCUAUCCGACCACAUUUGGCAUUGUGGGUCAGAAGAUGACGUCGCUUCAGUACCGUUCCCAAGGCGACUCCGAGGAUCCUCAUGAUGAACACUACCUGCUGGCCACACAAAACAAACAGGACCAGUCCUCCAAGUCUGCUGCAGACCGGAAGGCUGUCUCCAGACCAGGCGGAGGGGUGGAUGGUGAGAUGAGCAGUCAGGGAGGGAUUGGGGAGCUGUCAGACCUGCCGAGGGGAUGUGGGAGCAGCAGCGGCGGCGGGGGCGGCGGUGGUGGUGGAGCAGGAGGAGUAGGCGGAGGUGGAGGAGGAGGUGGGAUGCAAGGGGAGAUGGAGCUGGGGUCUGCCCAGGGAGAGUGCCUGAUGGGGGCAGGAGAGGUGGAAGAACCCCUGUCUGCUCACCUCUCCAGGAAGACUGCCAUCAUGAGCCAGUUUGAGAGCAAAGCACUGGGUCUGGAUAAGGCCGUCCUGCACAGCAUCGACUGCUGCGCGUCGGAUGAAACCAAACGAAAGAUGUACAGCUCCAUCCUGGUGGUGGGCGGAGGGCUCAUGUUUCACGGUGCUCAGGAGUUUCUGCUUCACCGCAUCAUCAACAAGAUGCCGCCCUCCUUCAGAAGGCUGGUGGACAACGUGGAAGUUAUCACGCGGCCAAAGGACAUGGAUCCGCGACUGAUAUCGUGGAAGGGGGGAGCGGUGCUGGCGUGCCUGGACACCACGCAGGAGAUGUGGAUCCACCAGAGGGAGUGGCAGCGCUUCGGUGUCAGAAUGCUACGAGAAAGAGCCGCCUUCGUUUGGUGAAAACUUAACUCACCCGAAGGCUCGCACUGAUAAGAGCGUGAGGCAGACUGCACAAAGAUUGAUCAAACUCAGUGGGUUUGUGCCGCGAGAUGAAAAUCUCAAAUGCUUUUCCAGAGACAAAAUCUAAAGUCGUCACACAAUCAGUGCAUACAGUGGGAAAGUACUUCUAAGACCAUGCUUAACAUUGUUACCCUGUGUGUUUUAAGUAGUUAUAUUGACUGUUUCUUACGUAAAAAACACAGACGCUGUUCAUGCUGUGCAACUUUUGAACAGCAUUUAGUAGGAGAUGCCUUUUAUUUGUUAACAUUUUGUAAAUAGCGUUGUCAUUCUGCCGCCCUAAAGCCUGGAACUGUAAAUAAAUCUAUUACACUUGAA